ACCCAGCCAUGCUCUUCUUAGACUUCUGAUGUACAGAACCGUAACUUAAUACAUAGUUGGUGUUUAGAAAAGCUGCUAAGUUUGAGGCAAUUUGUUAUGUAACAGUAGAAAACUAAAAUAUCAAACUACAGAUGCCCUCUGAACACUUGAAAAUAGAGAUGGAAAAGUCCUGCAUAGAAUUUAGCAAAUAAGCCCUGGUACUAUGUUAAAAGAACAACAGCAAUUCUGGGAUGGUUCAGCAUUAAAAAAAUCCACAUGAGGGCAUUUUAAUUUUAGAGGGAAAAAUCAUCUCAGUGGAUGCUAUAAAUGCUUGUGCUAAAUGUCAGCAUUCUUUGCUGACAUUAGCAAAAUAGGCCUAGUUAACUCCAUAAAAGGAUUCUUUCAAAGACCUUCAGUGAAUAUUCCAUUUCAAGGUAAAACACAGGAGAAGAUACAGAUUUCUGUUGUCACCGUUACUGUCCAGUGCUACUCUGGUCGUCCCAGCCAAUACGAUAAUUAGAAAAGAUAAGAGCAAGGUGUCACUAUUUGUAGGUAAUAAACUGGAAAAUUCAAGGGAAUCAACUGUCAACUAUUGAAACUUAAGGAGAGCAAGGUGGCCACAUGUUAAUUAACAUAGGAAACCCAUUAGCUUCCGGAUGCAUUGCUAGGGGCCUCUUUGAACCAAAAACUAUAAAACACUUAGGAAUAAGUUUAAUAAGGAGUACAGCAUCUAUAAGUUUAAUAAGGAGUGCAGCGUCUAUGAGAAGAAAACCAUAACACUUACUUAUGUUUGUUGUUAAUCAAAAUCCCAAAAGGUAUGAGAAGUCUUCUUAGUGAAUAUCAAAGAAAAAGAAAUGAAGAAAAAGCUUUACAGGAGAAGAUUCCUGCCUCCUUAUGUGGAACUCGUUCAUUCCACAGUUAGCGUUUCCCUGCUUGAGGCCGACAGUGGCUCCCUGGCCCCUGUGCCUGGGUCCGUACCCAAGGUGGGUCCUUGCUGGUCCUGCUGGUGUCUCCAUCGGUGGCCCUUUGGGCUGCUCUCUGGUUCUGGAUUUUCUCUUCCAACUUCCUUCCAGAAAGAGGGAAAGAAGUUGCCAUUUUCUAAGAAAAGAGCAAUCCAUCCUAAGAACACCUCUGACCCUCACUGGGCUCUUACUACUCACUUGGCUGAAGCCACUAACUCCCCUGCCCUGGGGUCCAGUCAGUGUGGGAGAAAAAGCCCUGGAGACUUUUUGCCUGUUCUGGUUGGCUCAGCCAGGAGCUUUGGCUACAGGAAUGGUAACCCCCUCCCCGCUAAUAUUAUACCCACUGUUCUUAUGGGCCGAAGCCAGGAUUAUUCUGGAGGUUUUUGCUGUGCAGAGUGUGUCUCCUGUGUGGGUCAGCCAUAAAACAAUAUCAUUUCUCCCUCUGAAGUCUCCUCAAGGAGGCGGGGUGCACAAAUGUAGAUUAUAAAGCUUAGCGCUAAGUUUUUGGACUUCAAGAAAUUCCUGAGUCAGCCUUUCCAAAGCCAGGUCCUUGGCCCAGUUUUAGGGAGUUAGUGUGUUGUGUGCAGAGUUUUGGCGUCUGAUGUUGGCUUCGGCAUUUGUCAUGAGCCCACUGACUGCUUCAGAUGGAAGGGACCGUAGUGGUCUUCCGGCCCGCCCUGUAGGUGUGGGCAGCUAUGCAGCCUGUACAGAGUGAGGGGGUCUGUCCGGGUUCACACAGAGAGGGUCAGCAGCUCUAGGUCUGGAGUCGCCUGGCAACAGAAACAGAGACGCCAAGGCACCCCCCAACCACGUCUAGCAUGCAGUAUGUCUAGUGUGCGUGGACAUACCUUCUCUGUCCUAUUGGGGCGCCUUCAUGGUAUAGAUUUGAGACAGGCACCUUCACAGUGUGUCCACCUGAGGGUGUGAUCUGUCCAGUAGCCCAGUGUUGUGUGCCUGGGGCCCUGGGACUCCUGGCUCCUCUGUCCUUGUCCCUGUCCUCACUCAGGGCUUGGGAGUGGGUCCCACACUCGACAGCUUCAGCUUUGCAGGCAGUGGUUGCUCCUUCCUUGGUACCAGGUGUUCCCACUCUCAGGAAGUGUCCCAGGACUGUGGAAUCCUCUUACCGGUCUCACUGGAAAGUAAGAUUUAGUAUUUUAUUGGCUAGGCAUGGGGGAAUGAAGCUCCAGCUCUCUAUUUUAUUACACGGUCUCUCUUCCAAAUGAGGUUAUUCUGUGAUCAUUUGUUUUUCCAAGAAGUUGUUCAGAGUCAGUUAGAAAGCAAAGAAAAAAUGGGAGAGCCAUAAACAUGAAAAAAAUGGAAGAGCCAUAAACAUGAAAAAAAAUGGAAGAAGAACCUCACCAACCUGCUUCGUGGACAGCCUGUCACACCAGAGUGGGCUUUGGCAGCAGAGAGGAGUGAGUAAAGAAAGGACAUUGCUUCCCGUGUGGGACACAGCCAGCCAGAGGUCUCUGAGCAUCGCCAGCCCCUUUCCAGUCUUGCCAGUGAUUUCUUCCUGCUCGUUUUGUCCAGUUGCCCCUUGUUUCUUAUUAAUGCACAUGGACACAUGUUUUAUUCUGCCAUUUCUGAGCAAGUGGUGUGGCCUCGAUCACCCUCUGAGAGCAGAGUGGAAGAGGACGCAUGGGCAGGGAGGCAGAAGCGUUGAUUACAGCUUCAGUCGCAUCCCAGCCUGGCUUCAUUUGUUCCUGGGUAGGACAGAGACAUUGAGCCAGGAAGGAGUUUUAGGAGUGUCUUGCAGUAGUGGCUAGAGAUCUAGGAUGAAAUGGUGAAAUGGUGUCUUCAUUGAGUCUUGCAGGAGGGUAUCAGCGUCCAGUGGAAGAGGAGGUUGUGAUUCUUACCCAGGUGUGUUCCUGCAUCUGCGUCCUCUAAUCUGGCACUAUUUGCUUCCCAUUGAACAGUGGUGUUUGUAGUUCAUUGUUUGUACCUUUGUCUUUAAACCCAUGUUCAGCUAUGCUCUAAAUAAAUGGAUCUCAAAAAUAUAAACAGGCAGUUCACUAGGAGGAGACCUUCCAAACACUCAUGAACCUGGGAAACACAGUUAAAAUCACAAGGAAGUAACAUCAAAUUCACAAAAGUCUAGAAAAAGCAUUGAUGCCAUCAAAUUUACAAAAAUAUAGAAGUCUGACAAUACGAAGUGUUGGCAAAAAUGUGUUAUGGAGGCUGGGCAUGGUGGCUCACGCUUGUAAUCCCAGCACUUUGGGAGGCCGAGGUGGGCAGAUCAUGAGGUCAGGAGUUUGAGACCAGCCUGACCAACAUGGCAAAACCCCGUCUCUACUAAAAAUACAAAAAUUAGCUGGGAGUGGUGGCUUGUGCCUGUAAUCCCAGCUACGCAGGAGGCUGAGGCAGGAGAAUUGCUUCAACCCGGGAGGCAGAGGUUGCAGUGAGCUGUGAUGGCACCACUGCACUCCAGCCUGGGCGACAGAGUGAGACUCCAUCUCAAAAAAAAAAAAAAAAAGAAAAAAAGAAAAAAAGAAAAAAAGUGUUAUGGAGAGAAGAAACUGCUGGAGGGCGUUGAAUUUGUACGCCCCGUUAUACCUACAUUAUUGGGCAAUUUAGCAAUUACUGGAAAAGCUGAAUCAUGCUUCUCCUACUCAGUGCAAUUGCAUUCCCAGGCAUAGGUCAGAGAACCCCUCAGAUAAGGGCGCAAGGAAACCAUAAGGGGAAUGUUCAUAACAGCUUUGGAAUUUGCAAAAACUGCAAGUAACCCAAAUGUUCACCCACAGAACAGUGGGAAAAAACUUGUGAUAUAUUUAUUGACUGGAGCCACAUGUUCAAACAUAGAUCUCACAGCUUAGCAUUGAGCAGGAAAUACAAGUUGUAGGAGGCUUGAUAUUUAUGUAAAGGUUAAACCUAUGCAAGGAAAUCUUGCGUACUGCUCUGGGAUACAUACUGUAGGGAAGUACUAUAUUAAUAUAAACUCAGGAUUGUGGGUGCCAUUGGAGGGGGGCUUGAGAAAAGAAUAAGCCUUUCAUUUGGCCUGGUGUGUUCAUUCACUUUUUUGGAAUGCAUCUGAAAUAUUACAUACCAAAUUAAAAUACUGUAUUUCCAAACCUAUAAAACCGAUGGCAACUUUCAAAUAAUUGGAUGUUAGAAAUGGAACUCUCAAAAGAUUUCCUCCUCCCCACGAAUGUACCCUUUGCCUAGGAUGGGAGGCUGUCACCUGGAGUAGCAACCCAAGGCCCUCGACCGCAGGGGUCCUAGCAAGCCUUGCCUUUGUGCAUCUGCUCUGGGAGCCAGAGAAGUUGAAAGCGGCCUCCCUCGGGAUUUUUGAAGAGGUUGAAUUUCCCGACAGUCCUGGAUAAAAGACACGGCAGGCAGUCUGACUGUCAGGGGAGUCCCUUCUGGGUCUGUAUUUAUAUAUCCCUAGGAAUCCUCUCCUGCGGGCUCUUAAAUGGCAAAGCACCCCUGAGUCCUGCAAUUACAGCCUUCCCACCCCCAAGCUGAAAAACCUGAUUUUCUUCAGGAGAAGAGAAACCUCAUCCCGGGAGCGGAAUUUGUGAAGAAAAUGUGAGUGGGAAACAUGAAGAGUGAUGAAAUGAACAAGUUGAGUGACUCCCACCCUGUUGAAGAGAUUGAACUUCAUCCCCAGUUCCUGUGAAGCUUUCUGGAUCUCGUCUUCCAAGGUGAAGUGGAGGUUCUGGAUCCGAACGACCCUUUAGGACCCCUUGAUGGGCAGGACGGCCCGAUUCCAACUCUGAAAGGUUACUUUCUGAAUUUUCUGGAGCCAGUAAACAAUAUCACCAUUGUCCAAGGCCAGACGGCAAUUCUGCACUGCAAGGUGGCAGGAAACCCACCCCCUAACGUGCGGUGGCUAAAGAAUGAUGCCCCGGUGGUGCAGGAGCCGCGGCGGAUCAUCAUCCGGAAGACAGAAUAUGGUUCACGACUGCGAAUCCAGGACCUGGACACGACAGACACUGGCUACUACCAGUGCGUGGCCACCAAUGGGAUGAAGACCAUUACUGCCACUGGCGUCCUGUUUGUGCGGCUGGGUCCAACGCACAGCCCAAAUCAUAACUUUCAGGAUGAUUACCACGAGGAUGGGUUCUGCCAGCCUUACCGGGGAAUUGCCUGUGCACGUUUCAUUGGCAACCGGACCAUUUAUGUGGACUCGCUUCAGAUGCAGGGGGAGAUUGAAAACCGAAUCACAGCGGCCUUCACCAUGAUCGGCACGUCUACGCACCUGUCGGACCAGUGCUCACAGUUCGCCAUCCCAUCCUUCUGCCACUUCGUGUUUCCUCUGUGCGACGCGCGCUCCCGGGCACCCAAGCCGCGUGAGCUGUGCCGCGACGAGUGCGAGGUGCUGGAGAGCGACCUGUGCCGCCAGGAGUACACCAUCGCCCGCUCCAACCCGCUCAUCCUCAUGCGGCUUCAGCUGCCCAAGUGUGAGGCGCUGCCCAUGCCCGAGAGCCCCGACGCUGCCAACUGCAUGCGCAUUGGCAUCCCAGCCGAGAGGCUGGGCCGCUACCAUCAGUGCUAUAACGGCUCAGGCAUGGAUUACAGAGGAACGGCAAGCACUACCAAGUCAGGCCACCAGUGCCAGCCGUGGGCCCUGCAGCACCCCCACAGCCACCACCUGUCCAGCACAGACUUCCCUGAGCUUGCAGGGGGGCACGCCUACUGCCGGAACCCCGGAGGCCAGAUGGAGGGCCCCUGGUGCUUUACGCAGAAUAAAAACGUACGCAUGGAACUGUGUGACGUACCCUCGUGUAGUCCCCGAGACAGCAGCAAGAUGGGGAUUCUGUACAUCUUGGUCCCCAGCAUUGCAAUUCCACUGGUCAUCGCCUGCCUUUUCUUCUUGGUUUGCAUGUGCCGGAAUAAGCAGAAGGCAUCUGCGUCCACACCGCAACGGCGACAGCUGAUGGCCUCGCCCAGCCAAGACAUGGAAAUGCCCCUCAUUAACCAGCACAAACAGGCCAAACUCAAAGAGAUCAGCCUGUCUGCGGUGAGGUUCAUGGAGGAGCUGGGAGAGGACCGGUUUGGGAAAGUCUACAAAGGCCACCUGUUCGGCCCUGCCCCGGGGGAGCAGACCCAGGCUGUGGCCAUCAAAACGCUGAAGGACAAAGCGGAGGGGCCCCUGCGGGAGGAGUUCCGGCACGAGGCUAUGCUGCGAGCACGGCUGCAACACCCCAACAUCGUCUGCCUGCUGGGCGUGGUGACCAAGGACCAGCCCCUGAGCAUGAUCUUCAGCUACUGUUCGCACGGCGACCUCCACGAAUUCCUGGUCAUGCGCUCGCCGCACUCGGACGUGGGCAGCACCGACGAUGACCGCACGGUGAAGUCUGCCCUGGAGCCCCCCGACUUCGUGCACCUCGUGGCACAGAUCGCGUCGGGGAUGGAGUACCUAUCCAGCCACCACGUGGUUCACAAGGACCUGGCCACCCGCAACGUGCUAGUGUACGACAAGCUGAACGUGAAGAUCUCAGACUUGGGCCUCUUCCGAGAGGUGUAUGCCGCCGAUUACUACAAGCUGCUGGGGAACUCGCUGCUGCCUAUCCGCUGGAUGGCCCCAGAGGCCAUCAUGUACGGCAAGUUCUCCAUCGACUCAGACAUCUGGUCCUACGGUGUGGUCCUGUGGGAGGUCUUCAGCUACGGCCUGCAGCCCUACUGCGGGUACUCCAACCAGGAUGUGGUGGAGAUGAUCCGGAACCGGCAGGUGCUGCCUUGCCCCGAUGACUGUCCCGCCUGGGUGUAUGCCCUCAUGAUCGAGUGCUGGAACGAGUUCCCCAGCCGGCGGCCCCGCUUCAAGGACAUCCACAGCCGGCUCCGAGCCUGGGGCAACCUUUCCAACUACAACAGCUCGGCGCAGACCUCGGGGGCCAGCAACACCACGCAGACCAGCUCCCUGAGCACCAGCCCAGUGAGCAAUGUGAGCAACGCCCGCUACGUGGGGCCCAAGCAGAAGGCCCCGCCCUUCCCACAGCCCCAGUUCAUCCCCAUGAAGGGCCAGAUCAGACCCAUGGUGCCCCCGCCGCAGCUCUACAUCCCCGUCAACGGCUACCAGCCGGUGCCGGCCUAUGGGGCCUACCUGCCCAACUUCUACCCGGUGCAGAUCCCAAUGCAGAUGGCCCCGCAGCAGGUGCCUCCUCAGAUGGUCCCCAAGCCCAGCUCACACCACAGUGGCAGUGGCUCCACCAGCACAGGCUACGUCACCACGGCCCCCUCCAACACGUCCGUGGCAGACAGGGCAGCCCUGCUCUCAGAGGGCGCCGAUGACACACAGAACGCCCCAGAAGACGGGGCCCAGAGCCCCGUGCAGGAAGCAGAGGAGGAGGAGGAAGGCUCUGUCCCAGAGACUGAGCUGCUGGGGGACUGUGACACUCUGCAGGUGGACGAGGCCCAAGUCCAGCUGGAAGCUUGAGUGGCACCAGGGCCCAGGGUUCGGGGAUAGAAGCCCCGCCGAGACCCCACAGGGACCUCAGUCGCCUUUGAGAAGACACCAUACUCAGCAAUCACAAGAGCCCGCCGGCCAGUGGGCUUGUUUGCAGACUGGGUGAGGUGGAGCCCUGCUCGUCUCUGUCCUCUGACACAGAGAGCUGCCCUGCCUAGGAGCACCCAAGCCAGGCAGGGGGUCUGGCAGCACGGCAUCCUGGGGAGCAGGACACAUGGUCUUCCCCAGGGCUGUAUACAUUGAUUCUGGUGGUAGACUGGUAGUGAGCAGCAAAUGCCUUUCAAGAAAAUAGGUGGCAGCUUCACUCCAUGUCAUAUAUGGAGUGAAUAUUUCAAAACGUUGGGAAUAAGGGCCUGCAAAAGGCAGCGAGGAGGCACCUCGGGUCUUGAGGUUCCUGACAACCGAUCUGGUCUGUUGGUUUGAGGAUGAAGGGGCUCCAUUUCUGCUGCCUCCCUGCUGAGAAUAUUCUCCCUUUAGCAGCCAAAGAUUCGCUGGAACGGAGGCUGCCCUCUGCUGCCUGUUGGGGUCGGAAGACAAGGGGCUUCUGAAAUGGGAGUUCCUGAGAUACAACAAAAUGUGUGCCUUCAAAGAAACUGACAGCUUUGUAUUUGGUGAAAUGGUUUUAAUUAUACUGCAUGUGUAUUUUGCCCACUCUUUUGGGGAAUUCAAGGGAAAGUGUUUCUUGGGUUUGGAAUGUUCAGAGGAAGCAGUAUUGUACAGAACACGGUAUUGUUAUUUUUGUUAAGAAUCAUGUACAGAGCUUAAAUGUAAUUUAUAUGUUUUUAAUAUGCCAUUUUCAUUGAAGUAUUUUGCUCUUAAGAUAAUGACUUUAGUAAUUUAACUGUUUAUGUUACCCACGUUGGGAUCCAGUUGGUCUUGGUUUGCUUCUCUCUGUACCACGUGCACAUGAGGUCCAUUCAUUUUACAGGCCCUGUUACACACAGAUCCACAGGCAGCCGUCUGUGCCCCACACACAUUGUUGGUCCUAUUUGUAAAUCCCACACCCGGUGUAUCCAAUAAAGUGAAACAAAGCA